AUGACAAAUUAUUCAACGAAUUAUAUUUAUUUUUUAAAAAAACAAGCGGAAAAGAAAAUAGGCAUUGAUUUAAAUGGUGAUGGCGUUAUUGGCUCAGGCAAUGGAAAUCGAAAUGGAGGUGGAGGUGGAGGUGGAGGUGGAGGCAUUAUGAAUAAAAUAGAAACAGCUACUCAUAUGGAUCUCAAUGGAGAUGGUCAUGUUGGUGGUGGUCAGGGUCAUGGAUCAAAUACUCAUCAGUCCGGAGGUGCUGGCGGUGGUUUAAUGAAUCAACUUGAAAAAGUCACUCAUAUGGAUCUAAAUGGCGAUGGUCGUGUUGGUGGCAGUAGUCAGGGUCAUGGAUCACAUUGA